AUGCCAGUCAGGAGGGGGCAUGUGGCCCCCCAGAAUACUUAUCUGGACACUAUAAUCAGGAAGUUUGAAGGACAGAGCCGCAAGUUCUUAAUUGCUAACGCACAGAUGGACAAUUGUGCUAUUAUUUAUUGCAAUGAUGGAUUCUGCGACAUGUUUGGGUACUCAAGGGUGGAGGUCAUGCAGAGACCCUGCACAUGUGACUUCCUCACUGGUCCAGAGACGACACACAACAGCAUCACACAGCUCACACAGGCCUUGUUGGGUUCAGAAGAACGUAAACUGGAGAUCCUCUACUACAGGAAGGAGGGGUCCUGUCUGCGGUGUCUGGUGGAUGUUGUCCCAGUAAAAAACGAGGAGGGGGAUGUAAUCAUGUUUAUCUUAAACUUUGAAGACCUGGCGAUGCUCCUGGCAAGAAAGGCCAACAAAACACUUCACCAGAGGUUGACACGAGCUGCCUUACAAUCAGCAGAAAGAUCCAAAAUGAAGCCUAAUUUCCUAAAUUCCACUGCUGAAUCAGAUCUCAUGAAGUAUAGAACCAUCAGCCAGAUCCCUCAGUUUACCCUGAACUUCGUGGAGUUCAAUCUAGAGAAACAUCGUUCGGCAUCCACCACUGAGAUUGAGAUUGUGGCUCCUAGUAAUGCAUUUGAGAGGACACAGAAUGUUACUGAGAAGGUUACCCAGGUUCUUUCCCUUGGUGCAGACGUGUUGCCAGAAUACAAGCUGCAGGCUCCGCGGAUUCACAGAUGGACCAUCCUGCACUACAGCCCAUUCAAAGCAGUGUGGGACUGGCUAAUCCUAUUGCUGGUCAUUUACACAGCCAUAUUCACCCCUUACUCUGCUGCCUUUCUACUAAACAACCAGGAGGAGGAGAAGAGCUGGGAGUAUUGUUACUCUUGCAACCCGCUCAACAUAGUUGACCUGAUAGUGGACAUUAUGUUCAUAGUGGACAUAAUCAUUAACUUCCGCACCACCUAUGUCAACAUUAAUGACGAGGUGGUGAGCCAUCCUGGAAAGAUAGCUAUCCAUUAUUUUAAAGGAUGGUUCCUCAUAGAUAUGGUGGCGGCAAUACCCUUUGAUCUGCUUAUCUACAGAACGGGUUCAGAUGAGACCACCACAUUAAUUGGCCUACUUAAGACUGCACGGCUGCUGAGGUUGGUGCGUGUGGCAAGAAAACUAGAUCGCUAUUCUGAGUAUGGAGCAGCAGUGUUGUUCUUGCUGAUGUGCACUUUUGCUCUCAUCGCCCACUGGCUGGCCUGCAUUUGGUAUGCUAUUGGCAAUGUAGAGCGUCUAUACAUGGUGCACAAGAUUGGUUGGUUAGAUAACUUGGCCAACCAAAUUGGGAAGAGCUACAAUGACACAGAUGAAGCUUCUGGGCCUUCCAUCAAGGACAAGUAUGUGACUGCCUUGUACUUCACCUUCAGCAGCUUGACCAGUGUGGGCUUUGGAAAUGUUUCACCAAAUACCAACUCAGAGAAGAUCUUUUCUAUCUGUGUCAUGCUAAUUGGAUCUCUCAUGUACGCCAGCAUUUUCGGAAAUGUCUCAGCCAUCAUACAGAGAUUGUACUCAGGAACUGCCAGGUACCACACUCAGAUGCUGCGUGUCAAAGAGUUCAUCCGCUUCCAUCAGAUCCCCAACCCGCUGCGGCAGCGAUUGGAGGAAUACUUCCAGCACGCCUGGUCCUAUACCAAUGGCAUUGAUAUGAAUGCGGUGCUGAAGGGAUUUCCAGAGUGCCUCCAGGCAGACAUCUGCUUGCACCUUAAUCGUACACUGCUUCAAAAUUGCAAAGCCUUCCGUGGUGCCACAAAGGGCUGCCUGCGUGCAUUAGCCAUGAAAUUUAAAACCACGCAUGCCCCACCUGGGGACACCCUUGUCCAUUAUGGAGACGUUCUGACAACCCUUUACUUCAUCUCCCGCGGUUCUAUUGAGAUUCUCAGGGAAGAUAUUGUGGUGGCAAUUCUGGGUAAGAAUGACAUUUUUGGGGAGCCUAUCAGUCUUUAUGCUCGCCCAGGAAAGUCAAAUGCAGAUGUGAGGGCUCUAACUUACUGUGACCUGCACAAGAUACAGAGAGAGGACCUGCUGGAAGUCUUGGACAUGUAUCCAACAUUCUCAGACUGUUUCUGGAGCAACCUUGAGAUCACCUUCAACCUGAGAGAUGCAGAGAGUAUCCCACGAUCUCCCACAAGUGAAGACUACAACUGCAGCUAUCAAAAGCCACGAAGAUGUAAACAGACGGGAAGGAGACGGAAGAAACAAGCUACUUCACUCCCAGAUGGUUUGGAUGAUGCAAAUUCAGAUGCAGAGCAAUACCACACAUACUCAGAGCUUACCAACGUGCAGCAGCCACUGAGCCGAGACCAAUGGGAAGAGAUGGGAAGCAGCACCACUCCCUACUCCCAGACCAGUGAUGAUGAGACCAAACCCCUCAAAACAGGACACAAGGACAAACUGCUUAACUCAGACAAGCAGGAGUUUAUCCCUGCAGUGGUGAACCUGGUCACUGCCAACAUCAGCAGCAGGGAAGGGGGCAGGAAAGUGCUUGAGACUGUAGAGACUUACUCAGCUUCACAAAUAGAUGUUCCAAAUGUAUUCAGUUUUUGGGGAGAGCCACGGCAGGUCACAUGCACAGAGCCCCUACAGCACAUUUCACUAGUACAUAAUUCACUGGAGCCCCCACUCAGCCCAGAAGAGCGCCCAGGAGAAGUGGAAUCACGUCUAGAUCUACUGCAAGUCCAGCUUGAUAGGUUAGAGACAAGAAUGUCAUCUGAUAUCAACAUAAUCCUCCAACUGCUCCAGAGACAGCUCUCUCAGAUUCCACCUGCAUACAGCCCUAUCUCUGCAAGCUCCCAUACUCUGGGCCUCUAUCACUCAGCAUCCAAGAGUCUGGAACCUGUACAGAGCAGCCCCUCCCUGCCUGCAGACUCCCCUCUCUCUUCUCUCCAUAGUCCUGGUCCAACCGACUACAAUGACUUGGAGUUGCUGAACCUUAAACCCAGUGCCCUUCUCUUUACAACCAGCUCCCAGGAACAUCUAGGCCACAUCCCAUCACCCAGAGGCUGCCAAGACCCAACUAGCCCAUCUCCAGGGACUCCUACUCAGGCAAUCUUUGGAAGCUUCCGUUGCCCUUCCCUGCCUGAGAACUUGGAGUGCCCUUCCCCUCCACACCUACAAUUUCAAAGACACCUUUCUGAUCCAGUUCUUCCAGGAAGUUAAGGCUGCACUAAGCUACAGAAUAAUUAUUUUCCUGUUUGUGGCACUGGUAAAGAGAGUCUGAAGACCCUAUUGUCUAUGCAUAGAAUAGAUUUGUUAUGAGGCUAUAUAUGAUGGAGAAGGACCGGGGCAAUACUACCCUAUGGAAAAUAACUGAUCAGACUUUUCGAUAUAAUAACAGUACCUUUUAUACAGUGAGCAUCUGCACCAUCAUCUGGUCCUCAAAAGUCUCAUACACACACUAACAGAAAAAAGGUUUACAUCUGUAUAUAUUGAAUCAAAAGUGAGAGGUGCAAAAGAGCCACACACUGGGUGCUUGGCAAAGACUUCAUUAGUAUUUCUGGUCAUUUACUGCUUUACAGGGACAGAGAGAAGA